ACUGGUCCCAUGAAUUCCAUUUCUUCUCCUCCGAUCCCGAUGAAUUCUCAUUUCUGAAUGCGCCCGUCGUCGACAACGGCCUUGAUCUCCUUGAUGACCGGGGGAACUAAGUCAAUUUCAUCAUCGAUCUCCCGCCCCAGCGUGUCGAGCAAUCCCAGUGAUGUUGAGGUAGAUGUUGGUGGUGAUGAUAAUGAUUUCCCUGUGGAGAGGAGGGUUUCAGGUUUGGCUUCCAGCGGGGCUGCCUCCAUUGUUGGUGGGGUUGAAGUCAAACUUGAACCCCAUAGGGAAAGUGUUAGGCUGGUUGGCUUUGAGUCAGAUUUAGAGGACGAUGACAAUGGGGCUUUGGCUGUAGAUUUGAAUUCAGGUGAUGAGUAUGGUAUGGAUCAUGUUGAUGGUUAUUAUGAGGAUGAGAUACUGAGAGAUACAUUUCCCCUUUCUUUGUAUUCUAUUUGAUUUUAAAUGAAAUUAUUUGCAUCUUCAACCUCCUGUUUUUUUUUAGAAAGAAAAUUGUAAAGAAUGAUAAGGGAAUCCAUUGAUUUUGAAUGAAAUAUUUUGCAUCCG